CUUCAAUAAACCCUUUAACUGACAUGAAGGCCUUCAAGAGUGUAUUCGGUGGCUCAAAACCGAAACCUUCAACACCCACAUCUGACCUAAACCUUGCCCGCGGACAGCCUUUGGAUAUUCAACCUCCUUUGGUCCAGGGACCUUUCGGACGACCGUCAAGUUAUACAUAUGAUUCUAACCCGUCUUCUUCAACUCCUUCAUACUCGGUUAUUGGACCAAGAACCCGCGACCUUCCAGCUACGCAACCACCCAUCGUUCGCAUACACCCCCCAACAGAUUCAAAUGAAGUUCGUCAGCAGCCAUACCUCCCAAGCAUUCCCGAGAUCCCAGCAAGACCUCUUCCAAGCUCUGCGUUACAAAGCUCAACACUGAAUUCGACUUCACCGAUAGCAGAUCAUCCCCAUGACUUGCCUGAGUUCGGCUCGCCUCCAGCGUCCCGGCCUGCAGAUGCCGGUGUCUCAAGCGGCCUACGGCCACCUGUCAAACGAAGUCUGACAAUCAGGUCGGCUGACGUGACAGGCUGGCAGGAGCAGUUCGAACUGGAACGAGCUACCGAGUCGUUACCAUCCUCCUCAACCGUGGUACGAUCAGAUCAAGAGAAGGAUGCUUCAUCAGAAAAGGUAUUUGUAGAGGUACACCCGGCGAACCCCACUUCAACGUUACAGCCAGUGCUUGGAUUGAGGGUACUGGCAUCAAGGCAAAGCUCUACGCCAGUCAAUUUGCAUUCGUCAACCUGGGGUGAGACGCAUGGAGUGCUGCCUAGGCGAUCAGCACUCCAAGAUACACGCGAUGCAAGCAUAACGGCGACGAAUGCAACUGCGACAACAACAGCAUCCCAAGUGGCACAGACUCACGUGGAUAGACCGACCUGCUCGCUCAACCUUUUGUGUUAUCGGCCUGGCUAUCAGGGCUGCGUGUUGAAGCAGAUAACAGUCAUUGGCCGCUCAAGGUUUCCCAGCAAAGACGCGUAUGAAAAAGCUCUCAACGAACGCAAAGACAAUCUCAUCAGUGACGAUGAGGCGUUCUUUCGGACUCUGCAAGCAACAUACAGCCUUCAGAUGUGUAGCUUUUGGCGGCGCCAUUUUUCGAUGAAAACGUUGCAACAGAUCAGGCUGCUAUCGUACACAGCAACAACGCGCCCCGAGGUGGUGCCUCUCGAUGACUUCACACUGCAGGAGGUAUUCCAUGCCUACAACAACCCAUCCAUGAUUGAGACCGAGACUGCGUGGAUUGAAUGGGUUUUCAAUCUUCGUCAAGCGGAUCGAAGGCAUGCAUUAGAGUUCGUAGAGAGCUGGAGUGGUUCUCGGAUCGCGACGGUUGGGUCGAUACCUUGGAUCUCCGCCUCUAUCGUGGGGGUCGUGUGGGUAGCUCGCGGGGGAGAUGCACAAACUGCGUUCACUGUUGCAAGCUUCAUCCUGACAGUCGGCACUUCACUGCUUGCGCUUCUUGCAAUCAUAAGCAAGAUUGAGCCAUAGCUCUAGAGUUUUUAGAAGUAGAAUAAGCGUAUCACUAGGGUACUUAUACUAUAGGAUAUGCAAUGAAAAGUAAUAUAAGUUGAAACUUAUUAGUAGUAAUAAUUAAGAGAG